CCCCACGCGCCGCCGCCCCUCCCCUCCCCUCCCCUCUCCAGCGUCAGAGUGCCACCGACGGCCGACCGAGGAAGAACGGACCGAGCCGACGCGCUGCGCCACGGCAUCGCCUCAAUUAGUCUUCGUCUGCUUGUGCCUGACACCGACGGUAACGGGCACAGGGCCCUCUUGACGAGACGGCCGUCGGCCGAUCUGAACCUCCCAACGCGCCUCCUUCCUCCAGCGCUGGCCGCGCGUCGGCCCUGGCAUAAAUCCUGAGCCCGCCACUGUGUUUACCAGCCUGGACCGAGCCGAGCCAUGUUGUCCUGCUCCGAGUAUGCUUAGCUUCGGUGAAAGUUUACUCUGGAGUUCAUAAGCGUGUGUCAAGUGUUCAAACGAAGUGGGCAAAACUUUCAAAACAGCUGUGAGGGUAGAAGUGUAAAAUAAUCAUGGCGGCUGCGGCGUCCUCCGCACGUGAUCAACGGCGAAGCAGCCGUGCUCCGGCCCCCGCCAUUGGAAAUGAUGAUGGCGAGGAGCAGCACCUCAACCCCUUCCUCGAUGAUGCGCCGUCCGCCUCCUCAAGGGUCCAGUUCAGGCAUGUGGCAUCGCGCGCGCGGUGGGUGGAGGAAAUCGGUGCUGCAGAGGUGGUGGAGAGCAGGGGCAAGCUGUGGCUGACCACCGGUGUCACUCGGGCAGGCAAGCUGUACUACAACGUUGAGGAGAUCGGGUUCUUAGCUGAAAUAGGUGCCUUGAUUCUUCUCAGUGACAAGGACGAAACCAUAGGGAUUGAAGGCAUCUAUGAAAAGCUUGUUGGAGGAAAUUUUGGGUGCUCCUGGGAUACCUUUCAGGCUUAUAAGCAUUUGAAAUCGCUUGGAUAUAUUGUUGGAAGAUUUGGUGUUCCUUGGACAAUGAAGCAUAGUGGUACUUGCGACACUGACCAAAGCUUAAAUAGAGCUGGCGGAGCCUCCAAUGACAUAACCAAAUUGCUCAAGGAAAUGCAGAUUGAUGGGAUAACUCCAUCUUUUGAAGUUUAUCUGCCAAAUAGCAAGUUCAAAAAGUCGUCCCCAGGGUCCCCUACUUUCCUCUUAUGUCUAUUAAGGGGUAAACCUCCCUCAAGGAUUGAAUUGGAAGCAGUGGAAAACAAUUUCAGGGGCAUUCCUCUGAAAUAUUGUCAUGUGGAUAAUGGACGGGUCAGCUUUCUCUGCUUUGAUGAAGUUACACUUCCAAGCUUGCCCUGAUGGGGUAGCAGUAGAACAUGUAACGUAUAUAGCACGAUAGCAGCAACCAGAUCUUCAUUCAUCAUUUUAUGAGCUCAGUUGCAAUAAUUAAUCUUCUUGUAUGGAGCAUGGUCAAUUGGUCUGAAGUGUGAUAAUACAUGAAAUGUUAGAUCUUGAGCUGAAUGGGUCUUGUUGAAUCUUGAUCCACUAAUUUAUAUGGUACUACAUCCA